AUGAAAAUCAUCGUCACCGGCGCAACAGGUUUCGUUGGCCAUGCAGUCGUUCGGAAAUGUAUCUUGUCUGAAGCGAUCACGUCCGUUAUCAUACUUUCGAGAAACCCUGUCGGCAAACUCCUCAAGAGGAAGAAAGUCCGCGUUAUACGCCAUGACGAUUUCCUCUCCUAUCCUCCAGACCUUCUCGAAACGCUGAGAGGGGCCCAAUGCUGCAUAUGGUGUCUCGGCAAGAAACCCCGUCUUUGGCUCAACCCGCUGUCAGUGAAGAAAGUCAACCUAGAGUUCCCUCUAGCUGCGGCGAAUGCCUUUAAAAGCAACAUUGCACCAGGAGGACAAAGGUUUCAAUUCGUCUUUUGCAGUAUGAGUGGCGCGGAGUGGGAUCCAUUGGAAUCGUUCUGGGAAACUGCUGACAUACAAGCUGCUGACAUUCGAAAAUUGAAGGGUGCCGCUGAGCGAGGUCUGCUGGAUAUUGCCGAAGAAGCUCCUGAAGCAUUCCGCGCCAUCGUACUCCGACCAGGUUUUGUCAAAUCGGAUGCGGACAACCUUUCCUCCAUGGCUAUUGAUGGGCGUCCGGGGGUGCAUGUAUCAGUGCUGGCAAGUGCACUGCUUAGAGUUUGCAUCCAACAGCCGAUGGAGACGAUCAUUGAGAAUGAGGAGAUUGUGGAGCUGGGGACGGUGUAA